AUGACGUUUACAAAACACAACGGGUAAGGGAAAGACGCGACCAUUUAAAGACGGGUCAAACCGGCAGCUGCUAUGAAGGAAACGCCACUCUCUAAUUGUGAGAAGCGGUUCUUGCUCCGGGCUAUCGAGGAGAGGAAGCGUCUGGAUGGGCGACAGUGCUAUGACUACAGAAACCUCCGCAUUUCCUUUGGUGUUGAUUAUGGCUGCUGUAUUGUGGAGCUUGGAAAAACUAGAGUUCUUGGGCAAGUGUCAUGUGAGCUUGUCUCCCCAAAGCCAAAUCGUGCAACAGAAGGCAUACUUUUCUUUAAUCUAGAACUGUCACCCAUGGCAUCACCAGCUUUUGAACCUGGAAGGCAAUCUGAACUGCUUGUAAAAGUGAAUCGGCUGUUAGAAAGAUGCCUAAGGAACUCCAAGUGUGUAGAUACUGAAUCUCUUUGUGUUGUUGCUGGUGAAAAGGUGUGGCAAAUUCGUGUGGACCUGCAUUUGCUGAAUCAUAAUGGAAACAUUAUUGAUGCUGCAAGUAUAGCAGCAAUAGUGGCAUUAUGCCACUUUCGGAGGCCUGAUGUGUCGGUGCAGGGAGAUGAAGUAACAUUGUAUACACCUGAAGAACGGGAUCCUGUCCCUCUGAGUAUCCACCACAUGCCUAUUUGUGUAAGCUUUGCUUUUUUCCAGCAAGGGACUUAUUUACUAGUGGAUCCCAGUGAACAGGAGGAACGUGUAAUGGAUGGCCUCCUUGUAAUAGCCAUGAAUAAACACCGUGAAAUCUGUACCAUUCAAUCCAGUGGUGGAAUUAUGCUGCUAAAAGAACAGGUUUUGAGAUGCAGCAAAAUAACAGGAGUCAAAGUAGCAGAAAUCACUGAGCUAAUUCAAAAAGCUUUGGAAAAUGAUCAAAAAGUUAGGAAAGAAGGUGGAAAAUUUGGAUUUGCAGAAUCUAUUCCUAAUGAAAGAAUAACAGCCUUUAAAAUAGAACAAGCCCCAGUCAAUACUAACGACGUACAAGAGCAAGCUGAAGAAAUAAUUGCCAAAGCAUUUCCUCCUCCGGAAGUCUUGUCCAAGCCAGUAUUAUGGGCAUCUGGCACAGCCCAGAUUGGAGAAGGACUUCAGAACUCAUGGGCAGAUUUUGAGGAAUCUGAAAUGGAAGAUGAAGAUGGCCAGGAUGAAUCUCUAACAGUAGAAGACCAAAAUAGAGAAAUGGGAGAUGUUCAUAUUGGAGCCAAAAAUCAAAAAGAAGCAAUCGUGUUAUCUGACAGUGAAGAGGAGGAUGUUGUUAUUCUAGAACCUGAAGUAACACCAAAGAAAAGAACAAAUCAGAAAUCAGAAACCACAAAACAGAGCCCAGCUGGCAAAAAGAAGAAAAAAUGAAGUUUGUUAAAAGUAAUGAAUCUUAUUUUUUUGUGUUACAUUAAACUUUUCUUGCUUAAAAGAAACACCAUUUGUAUUAUGCAGCUCCUAGGAGUAUAUGCCUUUGUAUAAAUAAUUUUCU